AUGGAGGAGGGCGGUGGGGAGCAGGAGGGGGGAGAGGACGAGGGGGCGGGUGCUGGCGGGGCUGGACUGCAGGAAGGGGUUGGCCUGGCCGAGGAAACAACGCUGGGCUACCAGACGGCCUUUGCCGCCCUCCAGCAGCAGUACCCAGAGCCGGUGGCACUGCUGAUGCAGGGGUCCCUGGACCCCUGGGGACAAUCCACGCCCGCUUCGCCGGGGUUCCUGUAUGGCACGGCGGGCGCCGCGGCCGGCGGCGCUGAUGUGGCGGGCCGCGUGCUGCCCUACCUGUCACUGAUGGAGGAGCUGCUGCGCGCUCACGUGCCACGCCUGCUGGACGCCUGCACCGCCGAGGCGCGGCGCGCGGCGGGCGCCGGGGACGACGCGCGGCGUGCAGAAGCGCUGCGGCAGGCGCUGUUUCAGCUUUGGCGGGCGGGAGUGCAGGCGGCAGGGCCGCCACGGGACAUCGAGCGGCUGGCGGGGCUGAGUGAAAGGGCGGAGGAGGGGGCGCCGCAGCAGCAGCAGCAGCAGCAGCAGCAGCAGCAGCAGCAGGUGUAUCGACAGCACAUAGUGUACCAACAAAAACACGAACGACAACAGCUGCAGCAUCAGUGUCAGCAGGAGCAGCAAGUGCAGCAUAGAAAAGAGGGCUGGCGGCCCCAGCCCGGGCAGCAGCAGCAGCUUGUGGACGACUUGGUGGCCCACCAAACUCUGCUCCUGGCCCGGCCAGAGCCCACACAGCACUCACAGCAGGACACGCCAGCCCCGCGUGCCCAGGCGGCGCCCCUGCCGCAGGACGGCGGCGCAGGCCUGCGGAGCGCGGCGCGGCCACCGCCACGGCCAGAGCGCGAGACGGUGGACCUCACACUGUGA